ACAGAAGAAGUAGACUGGUACCAAUUGACACCGCCUCAUACUAGCUACACGUUCAAGAUUUCCGGUGCUUUCGAUCUCUGGCUGCUCGCUAGCUUUCCAAUAAAAACAUGUCGGCUCCUGCUACAGAAGGCUCCGCACCAGGCAACCGCCGCCUACAACAGACACAGGCCCAAGUGGAUGAGGUGGUGGAUAUCAUGCGUGUGAAUGUGGACAAGGUGUUGGAGCGUGACUCGAAGCUGUCGGAGCUGGACGACAGGGCAGACGCAUUGCAGGCCGGAGCCUCCCAGUUUGAGACCAGCGCUGCCAAACUCAAAAGGAAGUUCUGGUGGAAGAACUGCAAGAUGUGGGCCAUCCUGAUAGCUGUUAUAGUCAUCAUCCUGGUCAUCAUCAUCAUCUGGAGCCAGUCAUCGUAAAGAAGCAGUUGUUGGAGGUGGAAGAGGAAUGGGCGAGUGAUGGAGAGGAGCGAGUGAACAGCUGAACGUCUCAAACACGAGGUCUCGUGGUUUAGCCUACUGAGCCUCAAAGCCCAUUCUCCACAGCAGUGUUCUUUCUUCCUGGUCCUGGAGGGCCUAUCCAGUCAGAUUUAGAAUACAUUGCAGAUAGAAAUGUAUUGCAUAGAACUGAUACCAUUCUUCAUUCCAUGAUAGAAAGUCAACCCUCUGAAUGUACCUGCUGAUGGUUGAACUACAUAUAAAGGUCAAAACAGGCUGCGGCCCUCCAGCACCAGGAGUGAAGCACACUGCAUUGAAUUUCCCAAGUUAUAUUUGUGUUUUUUGUUAAUAAUAAUAGAUUUGAUUGUGUGUGACAGAGCGAGACAAGGCCCUGCGUGAUUUGCUCUGUGCUUUCCUGUUAGUCUCUACUGUAAUAUUGACCUGAUGUGCCAAGGAGUCACCCCCUUAAACACACACACACACACCAGUCAUCAGAUCAGAACACCAAACGACUAAUUGACAUGGACUUUUGGAUUAUUAUAUCCACAGAAACAACUGGGCUGAGAUUGAAUCUCAACCUUGUUCCUGUCUCUAACAGGACUGUGUGUGUAUGACUCUAAAUAUGGGCUUGAGUUCAGAGAAACUGCCAAGAUUGGCACAUGAGCCUUGUUUCUUUUCUGUUAGUCUGCUUGCCCAAAGUGACUGACAAUGAUACUGCCAAUGCCAUCAGUGCCACACUGGUCAUAUAAAAGUAGUGCCUUAAGUAGUGAUUCAUGUCAAAGCACCAAACAAUAGAUAUCAGGCAAAGAUGGGGGAUAACAUUUAACUUAAGAAAAACAGCCAAAAGACAGCCAAGCCUUAUCAAACCAACAUACAGAACCAGCAGUGCUUUCCAAUGGUCUGCAUAUUCAUGCCCACACACACACAUGGACACUAAUGGUCUACUCUGCAAGCUCCUGCUAUCCUUUAUAUUAUCCUAAUAACUACAACCUUUCAAUUGUUUAAUUUAAUGCCAAUGUUUUUGUUCCUUAAAUAUAUAUGCUGUGUAGUAUUACUAAUCUUAAGAGAAACGGUGUAGAUUAUUUUUCUUUGCAUAUACUGAAAUGCCUUUAGUUGCCAUGGUUACUUUGUUGCUGCAGUGAAGAGCAUCAUGGAUGUUUGGGAAGGAGGAACUGUGUGGAGCAUGUUCAGUAUGUGUCACCACCUUUUUAUAGGGUGCCAAAACCAAGGGCCUAUUUUCUGGGGUGCAACUAUGCGGAUCCUUCAGACCGAUGUGUAUUGCAUAGACUCAACGUCACGGUCUUGAGUGAAUUUUGUUCAAUUCAUUACAUUUCUGAAGUGCUCUAAAGAUGUUACAUCUUACUAAAUAAGCUCCAGCCCUGCCAAAUAAGCCUUCCAAGUCUACCCCUCCCUGUAUAAAUAUUAGAAACAAGUGCAAUUCUACUCUGUGGCUUUACAAUGUUGUCUUGCUUGAAUAAAAACGGAUGUAACUUUUA